CCUUUUUUUUCAUUGCUGUCAUAGUGAUUGAAAUUUGAUUUUCUUCAAGCAAAAUGACAUGAGAAGCAAGAGUAUCUUACGAGCCAGCCAAACUGCCAAUAAUAUCUAAGAACUAGAACAUUCUGCUACUCGAUCAAGGACUAUCAUGCUCUCGUCUCAUGUCUCCUUCCUCUACUUGAUGAUGCUUAUCAUUGCAUUCUGCAAUCUUGGACUGCAUUCAGCAGCUUCUAGUACGGAUUUUAAACAUUCAUUCCGUGGAGAUAACAACCAUUCAAGAAAGGUACAUGUAAAGUCAGAAAAGGCAUACUCAAGCUACAGAGAGCUUAUGGUGCAUGGCGGUUGCACGAAUAGAGAUAUAAGCAUCUCACAAAGUAGAGAUACCACAUCUGGAAUCCCAAGGUACAUAGUCCAGAUAGUCAACACCUGUGUUUCGGGAUGUGCUCCUUCAAAGAUUCGUCUGCACUGUGGUUGGUUUGCGUCUGCAAGAAUAAUAAAUCCAAGAACCUUCAAGAGGCUCUCCUAUGAUGAUUGCUUGGUUAAUGGAGGAAAGCCUUUGAAGAGCAGCCAAAUCGUCAGUUUUACUUACUCAAACUCCUUUAUGUACCCACUUGCAUUCAAGUCUGCUAAGUUCUGCUGAACAGCAAACAAGUCCAAAGGGCAUGAAGUAAUUGAAACAUUUUGCUAAAUGAUUAAAAUACCAAACCAAAGCAAAAAAUCCAUGAACCCCAAGAAAUUCAGGACUCCCUCGAAGAAAACCCCAUCACAAUAGCAGGCUUUUAAAACCUGGCAUUUAUAACCGAGACUGCCCAGUGAACCUUCUGUUCUCUCUUUUAAAACCCUAUGAGUUUUUGUUGGGUACCUUUUCAAUUCUGUCUUAUUUUAGACUUCCCGAUGGAGUCAAAAGCUACUGUUACAUGCUGGGCUGGUGCAUGGAAGGUCUGAAACAUGAUGCUUCUUUAACAGUCCGUGUGCUCUAUCUUCCUCUCACAGUUGUUUUCUUUUUUCCACACAGAAGAGAUAGAGAGAUAGAAGUUUUCUUACACUAGAUCUGAAGACGUGGGGUCUUCUUUCUAAGGAUGAUUGGAGCAAUACGGAGUGUCAGCAGUGGCUGUUUGGGAUGGAAUAACUUACAAAAUAUUGAAAGAAAAAGCAGUAGCACGGGACUCUCUCUCUCUCUCUCUCUCAGUUGCCAAAAGAGGUUGGAUGUUGGCGUAAGCGCUCACUGCUCAAGAACAAAAACUGAGGCAAAACACCAGAAGCCCUGUUGUAUGUAACUAUAUUGAGCAUUGUCGAGCUGAAUUUCUGUAUGUAUGUAUGUAUGUAUGUAUGUAUGUAGAGA